UAAAAUGGGCAAAAAACGAAAGCACCAGGACUCGGACUCAGAGCAAUCUGGAAAACGGGUAAAAAAAGUGGAAGAAGCCAGAAAUGGUGUGGCUGACAUGACGAUCGAUGAGAGCUCGGAUUUUCAAGUUUUCCUCAUCAAAAAACCGAUUGGUGUUAGUUUAGAAGAUUUGGAGGCGCUAAAAUGGUCAAACGACGAGGAAGUGUUGACGAAAACCAAAUUGAAGACAGAAUCCGGAGUUUUCCGAGCUAUUGUUGCGCCAAAGUCGAAAAAGGAGCGGAUGGUGCAUAUUCCGGCGUUCAGGGAGCGGGAAGAAGCUGACUCGAAGAAUAUUAAAGCUCAGAGUUUCGUCACUGGCGCCAUCACAAUUCUCCCGCAAGAGGUGAAGCCCAAGGUACUAGGAGGAUUUAUUUAUGAAGAAGGCGAAGAACCCGUUGAAGGCUCUUCAGAAGUCCAUCCAGGCCUGAAAAAGAUCAAAAAGACCGCAAUUUUGGACCUGGAAAGCCGUCAACAACGUAACAAAGCCUAUGGAACCACUACGGAAGGCGAUGGAAAACCGAGAAAACUUGCAAAUAUUAUCGAAAAAAUGAAUUGAAAUUUACUUGUUGACACAUUUUUUGUUGAAUUUAUCUUUUUGUUUGUUGAUUUUUCGUUUUUUUAGCUAAAAAUGUUUU